AGAUAUGUGAAUUUUAUUGUGAAUGAAUGUUAUCAUGAUUGUAUUAUUUUGUGCUGUUUGACAUUUUAUUUUUUGUACAACGGGUUGUUUUGGAUAUUGAAAUUUACAGACAUAGUGAAAAUCUUCGGCCAUUCAGUGCUCCACAGGUGUAUUAUAGACUUAUUAAAAAGUGAUUUUGACUUUUAUGUGUGAAAGACAAUUAAUAGUGAGUGACAUUUAAACUUUGUGCAUAGUUAUAAACAUUAAACUGCUUAGUGGAAAAGUUUGUUAAAUGGCUGAUUCUGAGGAGGAGCAACAAGAAGAAGGAAAAUUCAACAUGGCGACAGGACCGGUAGACUUAACAAAGGACGAAGUUAAGUUGUUGGAAGCCUUGAAAAUUUUUGGUAUCCAACCGAAGUGUGACACUCCACAAGAUAUGCUAAGAAUUGCACAAGCGUUCGGAAGUGUGAAAAGUGAAGAGCCGGAACAUGUUGUGCCUAAAGCGACUGAAGUUAAAGUGGGUUAUCAAUACCCAAAACUGUCCAUAUUCUUCGGAGAUCAAGGGAAAGGGGAAGUCACAUGGGAUACUUUCAAGUAUGAGGUGGAGGCCACAGUCAACAGCAAGGUGUUCAAAUCAGAACAAGUUUUAUUGGGUGUUCGACGUGCUGUGAAAGGAAGUGCUGGCGAUGUACUACGUCGUCUAGGACCUGAUGUGACUCUUCAAGAAGUCAUGCAGAAGCUUGACAGCACAUAUGGUUGUAUAGAGUCGCGUGAAAGUGUAAUGCGGAAAUUUUAUUCUAGCCAACAACAGACAGGAGAGUCUGUUUCAGCCUAUGCCGCUAGGCUAGAGGAAUUUUUUGAAACUGCCAUACAUCUGAAGGCUUUGAAACGAUCUGACAUGGAUGUGUUGAAAACUGUUCUACAUGCUGGAUUAAAAAAGGAUUUGAAGCAUCUGUCAACUUACCAAUGUGACAAGCUGGUUGAAUACGAUGAAUUUAAGCGAGAAUUAAGGAAGAUAGAAGCAGAUAUGAAGGAGUCAGUUGGGGAAACGAAAACAUGUAAACCUGCUGUAAAUGUUGAAAAGAAAGAGCAGUCUGAUCUAUCGGAAAUGAAAGAAUUGCUUAAACAAUUGAACCAUCGAAUAGACCAGAUGGAGAAAAAGCAGGAAGCGCCCCAGUAUUACAUAGGAAGAAAUUAUUACAGGGGUCAGGGUCGUGGUGCUUAUGCGACAAGUAAUUUUAGAGGUGGUCGUAGCACUUCCCAUGAUAGGGGCAGUGGCCAUGGUACUUUCUAUAGGGGCAGAGGUGCUGAUGCACCUAGAGGAAACUUUAGACCUCAAAGCAUGGCGUUCAAUGUAGAAUGCUAUCAAUGCCAUGAAAAAGGGCAUGUUAUGAGAGACUGUCCUGCAAAUGCAGAGGUCAUUUGUUUCAAAUGUAGAGAAAAAGGGCACAAACAAUGGCAAUGCCCAAAAGUGAAAGUGCCUCGGCAACAGGAUCGAACGUAG